AUGCACUAUUCUAGCACUGAGCUUUGUUACGCUCUGGUCGAGGAACAAACGCAUUAUGGUCUUAUUCAAAUCUUACCUGAGCAAGUGCCUCAAUCUUCUCGACAGGUCUUUGGGUUGAAACAAGAGCUGGUGGAGGGGCGGCGGCAGGUAGGUGGUCGUACAGACCAAGACGAUACUGGCCAUAAUGAUAUCCAGAUUCAACGACAGCAGGAGGCCUACACUCAACCUCAAACCCCAACCGCAGACCACGACAACAAUGACGACGGCGACGACGAGACGCAACAAGACGGCAUCCUCGCCACGACAGGAGACCCAGAGGAGCAAGACGAUCAACAAGCCAAAGGUAGGGACAUAGUAGGAGACUACAUGGCACGCAUUUUCUCGCCACCGGGAGAGACCACCUUUGCCACUGCGACUGGAGCCAAGCCGAGAUGCGAACGCUCGUGGACCUGCGCUCGCAGGGGCGUGGAAUGGCAGCUCAUCAGCGCGCAGAUGGGGGAAGGGCAGGAUAUUGGUAAAGGCUUUGCGUGCAAAGUCCUGGCGGCUGACGAGGGACGAUCCGCACGAGACCUUGGGAGAAGAGUGGUGGCAAAGGGCGUGGUCAGAGGAGGUAGACGCGAAGGCGGCAGCAGCAGAGAUCAAGGCAAGGUAGUAUCGAGAUGUCUAGGCGGCCACCCGCAGCUUCCAACCAGCGCGACUCCCCAAAAGUUGGCCGAUAAUCUCAAAUACGCUAAUGAUUGGGGCCAUGCGCUUCAAAGUCAAGACUAUCAGGGCGAGAGGGGACAAUCUACCCAAGCAUCUUCUCAAUGCACCCGAAAAGCCACAUCUUUGCUCGACUGUGUUCUUAGCCCCUGUCAUUACAGAGAGCAUUGA